AUGUCAACAAAAAAUUUGCCGUUCAAGGAGGAAAAUUUAGAACCAUUUCCAAUAUGUGACGCUGGACGUGUUAGCUUUAAGUAUAAUUGGACAACAAAAAUUUUGAUGCGACAACUGAACGAUAGUGAAUCAGUCAUUCUACACGUAUCACCAAAAUUCGCAACUGUUCAUGGACAAGUCGCUUUUCAAUGGUCUUUGCAAAUGCAUGGCACAACUUUUCUUAACAAUAAGGAGGAAAUAGAGCUAAAAGAAGAAUGUCAAGAUGAAGUGGAAUGUGAACCGAAUUAUAUAGCAUUAUCGUUGUAUUUCAACGAUGGACCAGCACCAAUUGUGGAUGAUUUACAAGUAAUCACGAAACUUUUACAGGAUAAGAAAUACAGCAUUGAUAGCGAUGAUAAUGGCUAUCUUGUUGCUGAAACAAAGAAAUUAAGCGCUGUUCGCGGUAAAGAAACAGAACUGACAGCAGUUCAACGUUUUGAUUUCUCGAACUACAUAAAGGAUAACAUAGGUCAAGUGAUUCGUUUAUCGAUUACGUUAAAUUUGCCUGUACAGCUAUUUGAACCGAAUACUUACCUUAGUACACUUACGCCAACACCAAUCACGUCAUUCCUUACCGCGAACUACAGAGCAAGAGCAUCAUCAAAAGUCUUCAAUAGGCAAUCAUGGAAGAAUAAAUUAUUGAAUAGCAUGGAAGACAAUCUUCGCCGAAGGCUAUCUUUAAAGCAAAAAGAUGAUUUCGAAGAAAUUUUCAAUCAUAUAAUGAACGAGGAAAAAGAACUUUAUACCAAAUCUCAUUCAGGGAUCGAUUUCAAGAAAUGCGACGAAUCAAAAUCUAGAUCAACUUAUAAAUUAUUCAAAAAAUUGUUGGUAGCAUGUUGUGAUGGUUGCCAAAAACGAGCAAAAAUAAUGGAAGAGGAAAAUCUUGAGAUGGAUGAGGAAGAGAUUGAUGGAUUGGAUGAUGAAAAUGCCUUUGAAUGCAAUGAACAGAAUAAAGAUACUAUCCAUGAGCUGCUCGCUAAUAUGUUUUUCACGAAAGUCAUCCUACCAGAAAUGGAAUAUGUUGAAAAUUUCGCCGAUUUUUUAAUUGAUGCAGAAUUGCAAAAUUUACCGGUACUAAAGCGAGUAUGUGAAGGCUACCUCUGUAGUGAAUUAAAUUCGAAAAAGAAUUUAAUAACAUCAUUGCUAUUGGAACUUUUAUUUCUGGCCAUUGUUUUUAAUUUACGUGUAUUGAAGUCAAUGACACUUUCCGAACUCUCCAAUCGUCCCGAAGAAUUGGACGAACCGGAUGCCAUAUUAGCUCAUGAUGAAUACAAAAAUUUGGACCGUCGAAUGAUAAAAUUCAGCGGAAGUAAUCUUGUUGAGGUGAUCGAAGAAGUGCAACGUUUCCGAGAGCAAAGGUUGCGUACAAAACUGGUUAAAAUGAACUGA